CACACACACAACAAACAUUUCGCGAUAACGACUGGCUAUCAGUGCGGGCAGCGUCCAGAGUUCUCCUCAUAUAAAUAAAUUAUAGGGUCCUAUGGGAAUCGAUUUUACCUUCUGUGACUGAAGCAAGAAGGGUUUUUUAUAUUCAGACGUUGGUCCUUGUCCACAAGCUGUGAAACUGUGACACACUAUAAAAGCCCAGCUUUAUUCUGCUAUUCUGCUUAUUCAUAUCGACAACAUCAAGAGACCCGUUGCAUGUCUCUGCUGCGGACAGUAUGGGCGCACAGCAGUCGUCGAACCAGCAAAAGCCCAGCGAGCAAGGGGAUGCCGGAGGUCCCCAUGUGAAGACCUGUUAUUAUCAGUUACUCGGCGUGGAUCGCCAGGCCAGCGAUGAUGAGAUCAAGAAAGCGUACAGAAGGAAGGCGUUAGAACUGCACCCCGAUCGAAAUUACGGAGACGUUGAAGAUUCCACCCGACUAUUUGCAGAGGUUCAAUCAGCGUACCAGAUUUUGUCUGAUCCCCAGGAACGGGCCUGGUAUGACUCCCACCGAGAUGCGAUACUUCGAGAUUCCGACAUUGGGGCCGGCGACCACUUCGAACACGAUAUGCGGUUCACUAGCGCCACGGACCUGACUAUGUUGAUGGGGAAAUUCUCGCCGAAUAUGCCCUUCACAAACAGCUUGGACGGCUUCUAUGGAAGGCUUCAGUCCGUGUUUGAAGCCCUCACCAAGGAAGAGGACGCUGCAUGCAACUGGGAAGGCCUGGAUCCGAUCGACUACCCGGAAUUCGGAACUUCCGAGUCUAAUUAUGACGAUGUCGUCAAGCCGUUUUAUGUUGCAUGGGCCAGCUUCUCAACCAGAAAGUCAUUCUCAUGGAAAGACGCGCACAAUUAUGCGGAUGCUCCUGAUCGUCGAGUUAGAAGACUGAUGGAAAAAGAGAAUAAGCGCCUACGAGACGAAGGAAUCCGGGAGUUUAAUGAUGCUGUGAGGUCGCUCAUAGGCUUUGUGCGGAAACGGGAUCCCAGGUACAUCCCAAACACACAGUCCGAAGCUGAUCGACAACAAGCACUGAGGGAUGCGGCAGCAGCUCAGGCUGCUCGCUCGAGGGCUAUGCGCGAAGCAAAGCUCAACGAACACGUUCAACCUGCAUGGGCACAAACUCGCUACGCUGAAGAGGAGGGGACCUUCUCAGACUCCGAGGUAUCAGAAGAGGAAGUAGUAGAAUGUGUUACGUGCAACAAGAUUUUUAAGAGCGAGAAACAGUAUGAAGUCCAUGAAAAAAGCAAAAAGCAUAUCAAGGCCGUUCGAGAAUUAACGCGGCAGAUGCGAAAGGAGAAUAAACUCUUCCAUUUAGAUACCCCAGUUGAUGCUGCGCUUCAAUCUAAGCCAGAGAAUUCUGAUUCCGAGGCCUCAUUUCACUCAUUACAGGAUGCUGCCGAUGACGACAUUAUACCUGUUGUUGGAAUUGACAAGGCUGAUCCCGAGAUUGGUGUUAAGAACGAUGACAUUACUGGCUUUGACCCGCCUCCGAAAGAGAAUGAAGCGGACCGCGGUCCUAUAGAAGAAUCUACUACGCUGGCAAUACCAGAAGAUGGCACGGAUGACGACGAUUAUGCACCCAGGGAGCAGGUGGAGGAUAGGAUAUCUGGGAUUCUACUCCAGGAAACGCCGACAACAGAUGGUUCUAUAAAACCAAGUGUAGUUGGCAAUGUGACACGGGCACUCGAUAACAUCUUAAUUUCAAGCGACGGAGGUACAGACGAACCCCCCACAGAAGAAAAUAAGAAGCUCGGGAAAGCAAAGGCGAAACGUGCAAAAAAGGCCGCCCGUCAGCAGGCGGAGGAUGAUACCCAAAAUAAUACAUGCGCUACCUGUAAUAGCUCCUUCGGUUCUAAAAACAAGCUCUUCGAUCACAUCAAGGCAGAGAAGCAUGGCCUGCUUGUUCCAAAGCCGAAGACUGGUGGCCGCGGCAAGACAUCCCACUGAAAACCAUAAGUUGCAUUGCAGAAUAGUAUGCAACUUUAUAGGUAUGGCCUGAGGCCCUGAGGUCAUCAUAUGCCAGGUACCCCAAACCACACAGAUAGCACCGCCACUCCUCAAAGAGUCCCUGAUCUCGGCAAUCGGCAUAUGCCCAAAUUUAUAUCGCAUAUGGGCGUGGGUGACGGUUAAUUCGAGGUUUCAGGUCGAACGGCUCCCUAGAUAAUCAAGAAUGGGGAGGCUCUUCGCCGUAAUCUUCACUGUCAUCCUCGUCGAAUGACUCGACAUCGUCAAUGGCGCUGUCGCGCUCGUGACUCAGGCUCUGUUGAGCCGGAUCGUUGGCGGCGAUAUGCACGAUACCCUUGCCAGGAAAUCUCCUAAUCUCAUCGGACCAUGCCUCCCAAUCCUUUUCAUCUCGGAUAAGAAAGCCAAUAAGCAUGCUCGGGUCCAUCUCUUUGAUGUCCAACCUUCGCAACCGUCGGGUAUGGCAGGAGUCAAUUUCUGCAGGGGUAUAUUCAUCAACAUCUGUAUGGAAAGGAAGGGCAGCCAUCGUCUGAUGCGGAUCAAGGUAGAAGAAAUGUGAACCUUGAACCCCAACAAAAUAAUGAGAGGAAGAUGGGCGGCCACUGAGAUUGACUGUCAGAGAGUGUAUUGAGUAUAACGGGGGGCGGUGGCAACAUACCCUGCAAUCCCCACUGAUUGUGGCAUCUGCAGUGAUGCUUUUAACGCCUCCCAGUAAACCGGAGU